CCAGAAUGCUUAGAGAGUCAGAGGGAGGAUGAGGAGGUGUUGGAGGGUGAGGAUGAAGAGCAGAGGAGGAUCAGCAGAGAGGCAUUUGUGAAGAUCACACUGAACUUCCUGAGGAGAAUGAAGCAGAAGGAGCUGGCUGAUCGUCUGCAGAGAAAACAUGAAGCUGCAGUUUGUCAACGUGAACUUAAAUCAAGUCUGAAGGAGAAGUUCCAGUGUGUGUUUGAGGGGAUUGCUAAAGCAGGAAACUCAACUCUUCUGAAUGAGAUCUACACAGAGCUCUACAUCACAGAGGGAGAGACUACAGAGGUCAAUAAUGAACAUGAGGUCAGACAGAUUGAAACAGCAUCCAGGAAACUAGACAGACCAGAAACAACCAUCAGACCAGGAGACAUCUUUAAAGCCUCACCUGGAAGACACGGACCAAUCAGAAGAGUGAUGACACAGGGAGUGGCUGGCAUUGGGAAAACAGUCUUAACACAGAAGUUCACUCUGGACUGGGCUGAAGACAAAGCCAACCAGGACAUCCACUUCACAUUUCCAUUGACUUUCAGAGAGCUGAAUGUGUUGAAAGAGAGAAAGUUCAGCUUGGUGGAACUUGUUCAUCACUUCUUCACUGAAACCAAAGAAGCAGGAAUCUGCAGCUUUGAAGAGUUCCAGGUUGUGUUCAUCUUUGACGGUCUGGAUGAGUGUCGACUUCCUCUGGACUUCCACAACACUGAGAUCCUGACUGAUGUUACAGAGUCCACCUCAGUGGAUGUGCUGCUGACAAACCUCAUCAGGGGGAAACUGCUUCCCUCUGCUCACCUCUGGAUAACCACACGACCUGCAGCAGCCAAUCAGAUCCCUCCUGAGUGUGUUGACAUUGUGACAGAGGUCAGAGGGUUCACUGACCCCCAGAAGGAGGAGUACUUCAGGAAGAGAUUCAGAGAUGAGGAGCAGGCCAGCAGCAUCAUCUCCCACAUCAAGACAUCACGAAGCCUCCACAUCAUAUGUUACAUGCCAGUCUUCUGCUGGAUCUCUGCUACAGUUCUGGAGGAUGUAAUGGAAACCAGAGAGAGAGGAGAGCUGCCCAAGACCCUGACUGAGAUGUACAUCCACUUCCUGGUGGUUCAGACCAAAGUCAAGAAGGUCAAGUAUGAUGGAGGAUCUGAGACAGCUCCACACUGGAGUCCAGAGACCAGGGAGAUGAUUGAGUCUCUGGGAAAACUGGCUUUUGAUAAGCUGCUGAAAGGAAACCUGCUCUUCUAUGAAUCAGACCUGACAGAGUGUGGCAUCGAUAUCAGAGCAGCCUCAGUGUACUCAGGAGUGUUGACACAGAUCUUUAAAGAGGAGAGACGACUGUACCAGGACAAGGUGUUCUGCUUCGUCCAUCUGAGUGUUCAGGAGUUUCUGGCUGCAGUCUACAUGAUCCACUGUUACACCAACAGGAAGACAGAGGAGCUGGAGGACUUCCUGGGACAAAACUACAAUGACUCAACUCUGGAUAUCUUCCUGAACAGAGUCAUGGAGAAAUCCCUGCAGAGUAAAAAUGGUCACCUGGACCUGAUGGUUCGCUUCCUUCAUGGCGUCUGUCUGCAGUCCAACCAGAGACUGUUAAGAGGUCUGCUGGGUCAGAUAGAGAUCAGUCCAGAAAUCAUCCAGAGAGCCAUCAACAACCUGAAGGAGAUGAACAUGUCCAACAUUUCUUCUGACAGAAGCAUCAACAUCUUACACUGUCUGAUGGAGAUGAACGACCUCUCAGUUCAUCAGGAGAUCCAAGAGUUCCUGAAGUCAAAGAACAGAUCAGAGAAGAAACUCUCUGAUUUCCACUGCUCAACUCUGGCCUAUAUGCUGCAGAUGUCAACAGAGGUUCUGGAUGAGUUGGACCUGAAGGAUUUCAACACAUCAUGGUGGGGACGAUGGAUACUAAUUCCAGCUGUGAGGAACUGCAGAAAGGCUCAAUUUUCUGACUGUGGACUCUCAGAGAGUCACUAUGAAGUUGUGGCCUCAGCUCUGAAGUCCAACCCCUCACAUCUGACAGAGUUGGACCUGAGUGACAACAAUCUGAAGGAUUCAGGAGUGAAGCAGCUGUGUGUUGGACUGGAGAGUCCAAACUGUAGACUGGAGACUCUGAGAUUGAAAUACUGCAGUUUGUCAGAGAUCAGCUGUGAUUCUCUGGUCUCAGCUCUGAAGUCCAACCCCUCCCAUCUGAAACAUCUGGACCUGAGUGAAAAUGACCUGCUGGAUUCAGGAGUGAAACAUCUGUGUGGUUUUCUGGAGAGUCCAGACUGUAGACUGGAGACUCUGAGAUUGAGGUGGUGCAGGUUGUCAGAGAUCAGUUGUGAUUAUCUGGUCUCAGCUCUGAAGUCCAACCCCUCCCAUCUGAAACAUCUGGACCUGAGUAUCAACAACCUGAACCAUCCAGAUGUGAAGCAGCUUCUUGAUCUUGUGGAGAGUCCAGACUGUAGACUGGAGACUCUGAUAUGUUGGCCAUUGUUUCCAGCAGGACAGUAUGUGAGCUGAGAGAGGAUGAGUUGAGUCCUGAUGGUCCAGAGGUUGAAUCAGCAGCAGCUUGUGUGUAGAGAGACUCUGACUGGACCAUGUUACUGGGAGGUGGAGUCAAGAGGAGAGUUUCAUCCACGUGUCUGUUACCAUUGUUAGGAAAUAACAGUAUAAGUGUGUUGUUAGAUUUACUCUUUAGCACUCCAGCCAAAAUAGUUCUUCUACAUGGAAAGUUUUAGGUCAGUUUUUAUACUUUUUUUAAAAAUGUAUUUUUAUUUAUUUACUUAUUUUAUUUUUAUUUGUGUCAAGAAACAUUGAAAAUACUACAAAAGAUGUAAAGUAAAAGUGGGAAAUGUUCUCAUGAUAUUACUGUAAUGAUUAAUACUUUCCUGUGGUCAUUAGGGUAAUAAGUUUAAUAUCAGGCUGUAAGAUUAUUUCAUGGUGGAUUUAUCUUCUCAUAAUAUAAAAACAUUUUCCUUAUGAAAAGAUCUGGUUGUAAACAGUGAUUAUAGAUGUCAGAGUACAUGUAGUGUAGUGGACGUAUAAUGUUUAGAAAGUUGAAGGAGAAGGACACUGAAGUUGAAAUGAGAAAAGUACACAAAGACUGGCAUUAUUUUCAGCAAUGUUGUCUUUGUGUUUUUUUGUUAUUUUUUUUUCCAUUUGUACGUAUUUUGUACAAAAAAAGUUGUUGUGAAAAUGUUGUGAUGCACACAAUGUAAUUUGAUUGCAAAUAUAAAAACAAUCACUUACUGCUAAAUUAAUAACACUGAUACUGAAUAUAAUAUAUGAAUGUAAAUCAAUUUCAAUUUAGUAAAUUAGUAAAACAUUGUACCACUAGAAUAGAUGGAUUAUUUGUGGUGUAUAAGAAAAUAAAUGAAUAUGAGUUAAAA